GGAGAGGGAUGCCGAAGAAGAUGACCCACUUCACCCAUCCAAAACACCCGUUGGUGCGAACCAUAAUCGACCAAAGAUUCACCUGCGACGGGUGCAGGUACCCGGGCUCCGGGCUGCGCUACCACUGCGAUUGCUGCGACUUCGUCCUCCACGUCCACUGCGCCACCAGCCCGCCGGCCCUCCAGUUCUUCGCCCACCCACUCCACAAGCUCACCCAGGUCGCGCGUGCGGACCCAGCCGACCCUCGCGUCUGCGACCUGUGCCGGGAGCCGGUGCGCGGGAUGUCGUACAGGUGCGUCGCGUGCGCUUUCGACGUGCACCCUCUGUGCGCGCAGCUGCCGCCAACCGUCCAGUCUGAUGUGCACGCCGGCCAUGCCCUCUCGCUCGUCCCCGCCAUCCCGCAGCCGUGCUCGGCCUGCGGCAGGGUGUGCCAGGUCUGGCGCUACCGCUGCGGCCCGUGCAUGGUAAACCUCCACCCCCAGUGCCUCCUCGGGCCGGACGCUGAGAUUAGGGCCCUGAUAGGAACUGGAAAUCGAAGGGGAAGACGUCCUGCGCUCAAAUUUUGAGCGGCGGCAGCAGAAGACUGGAUUUGGAUUGAAUAAAACCAUCGUACGCGAGAGGAUGUGGUGCCGCUGGCAUGAAACAGGGAGGGAUUGAUAGGCGAGGGUGUUUUUGACAAACUCCAAAGACAUUUGGGAGGAAAGAGAAUGGAGGUUUUAUUUAUAAAUUCAGGUUUUUUUUAUAUGAUCGGGUCAGACCUGUUAUAUAUUCUAUGGAUCCAAAUUAUACUGGAUGAUACAACUUAUA